UUUCUUGACUAGUCAGGAGUUGCUAUAAAUGAUAAAAAUACUGUUGAAUUAGCUUAAGUUAUUUCAACUUUAUAAUUCGCUAGUUACGAAAGUUGAAGUUAAUUGUAAAUUCAAGAUGAUCCAACUUAAAUGUUUAAGUGAAAUAGGGUUAGUUUUGUUUUUUGUGUUAUUGUGUAUUAAACAAAAUAAAGCCAACAGUCCUUGAAGUAUCUUUAAGUUGUUAUUAAAUGGACUGAUCAAGAUGUCAUUUUUGAAUUUUUUUGUUAGCCUUUUUGGUUCUGAAAUUUACACAGAAAAAUGUACGAAUGUGUAAUCGAUUUCUUUUUGAGAUGUGCACAUUAAAGGGGACAUAUCAUGAAAAUCGGAUUUUUUCCAUGUUUAACCUUGGAGAACCAACGGGGUCAAAUUUGCCCACUGUUAAUUGCUGCUAUCCAAAAUCUUCUUGUUUAAGUGCUAUGAUUGGGUCCUCAGUGUUUCUAUCAACCUAAAAAAUAUGAAAAAGUCAACACAGUAACUUAGUUUUGGUAAACCAUUUUCUGCAAGCAUGUGAAAAAAUACGUCAUUGAAAUUUGGCUCCUCUUGUGAUGUCAGAAGGGGAUAAUGUCGCCCUUUUAAUCUGCACUAUCCAGCCACAGCACUGCCAUUUAGUGCAGAGAUCAGCUCAUUUGCAUUUAAAACAUCCAAAAAUGGCACAUUUUGGCUCAAACUUACAAAGUGGCAAUUUAAACAUGAUAUAAUAAAUUAUCUAUAUGGUAUUUUUGAGCUAAAACUUCACAUAUGCACUCUGGGGACAUCAAAGAUUUGUAAAAUUCUUGUAAAAUGUCCCGUUUAAAAUAAAUCACCCUGCAUUGAUUUUCUUUCGGUUUCAUUUUACUGUAACAUUCUAAAAUUGCGUGUGUCUUUGAUUCUUUGUAUGCCCUCCCGCCUAAAUAAAUUCACGAGUCUUCACCAGUGUGUGUCUUUGCAGGGUGGCACCAUCAGAAGUUCGUGAAGGAGCUCUGCAAUGGCUUCCUGUGUUUUGAUUCAUCUGCUUUUAACUGUGGUUUUAUUCCACAUGACAGCUGCUUCUUGCAAAUCUUACGUGAGUAGCAGUGGCGUGUAUAAAGACUCUCUUAGCUGCGGUUUCACAGAAACCUGCUGUGGGACCUGUGAUUACAGAUACUGCUGCUCAGCAGGGAACAAUUUUACUGAGGAGGAUCAAGAUGCCUGCUUUACGUUUGCAAAAAGCCACGGCAGUAAUGAUGCUUCCAUCGGAAUGGUAAUAACGCUGGUUGUGAUUAUUGUCAUCGUGGUUCUCAUCUGUCGUUGCUGGCGGCGCUGUUGUCUCUACAACCUGUGCAGAAAACCCAGAACCGUGGUGGUAACGACACCACCAGCAGCAGCAGCAGCAACAACAACAGUCAUAAAUAUGCAAAGCAUUGUGCCUGUCGCUCAGUACCCAGCAUAUCAGCCUGUGUCAACACAGCCAGGUUAUGGAGGGCAGCCAUAUCCGGCACAGCCAUGCGCACAAGGACCCCCACCCUCAUAUCAGACAGCCGGUAAGAAUGGCAAAUGAUCCUGUAAGCUCAAU